UUGAGUCCUUGUGAAAUCUACUGGGAACAGUAUAAAGAGUGCACAAGUGUACGGGGCAAGUUCCAUCAGUAUUUCAUUCAUGGACAGCAGGAGGAGUGUGGGCAGUGGAAGAGCGACUACGACAACUGCAUGAAAUGGAAGAAAAAAGAAAACAAAGACGCACUGGGAGAGGUCCUCGGCAACGAGCGGCGACGGCUCGGCGACCGUCUGCGCGCGUCCUACGCCAACGACGUCUGGGAGCUGCGCGACGGGCCGCCGGCGACGUGGGCCGCGCCGCUGCCCGCCUGGCUGCAGCGCGAGAAUGAAAACACCUACCUCGCGGUAAAGUGCGAGCAGAGGCACCGCGACGGUGACGCCGCCGCCGCCGCCGCCGCCGCGAGAUUCGCCGAGCCGUCGCGAUGCACGAUACUGUAG